CCUCAAAAAUAAAUGCAAUAUAUUUUUGUUGUAUAAGUAUGGCAGAUGUUCUUUCUCUGAAUUUUACUGUUUUGACUCUUAUUGUCAUGCUUUCACUUACCUUUUCCAAACAAAUAGCUUCACUAUGACUAAAACUGAGUUCUCAAAUGAAUUGGGAAAAAAAUCAAAUCGUAUAUCAGUAACAUACAGAGGUAACAUUUAUUUUGAAGGAUUAUGGUGGAUACAGAAUUGUUUAUUUUGAGGAUUUUAGAAGCGAAAGCGUUUGUUGCUGAACUUCACAUUAAAAUGUACGUGUGGCUGGGCCUUGAGAGUCAGAUCAUUUAUUUUCCUGACUUCAUUUUGUGAGAUUGCAUUUCCUUGAAUUUCGUGAGUGGGUGUGUCAAAUCGAUGUGGCACAGUAUAAGGGGUUGGCAAAUCCUGGGAAGGAGGGAAGUUUAGGAGUAGUUUAAUCUGAGUGUGGCCGCAUCAGUGCUGGCUAACUUUAGUAAUGGCAGUUUGGACCAGAGCUGAUAAAAACGGUCAAUUGGACCUACUUCUCCGGGACCGCUGGAUUCGUGUGUCCGCUGAACUCGCCCGAGAAACGCUAACUAUAACUGCCGAGGCGGAGGCAAGCGGGCAGGGGACCGACCACCGGGACCACAGCACUUCCGCAGAUGACAUGAGAAAUGGAAUGGAGUCGACUGGGAACCAACAAGAAACGAAGUUAGGGAACCCUGGCUUCAGUCUGUCUACUGCCCAUGAACAAAUUCAGAAGAGCAGCCCUGGUCGGGGGCGAUAUGAAGGCACCCACGGAUUAAGCAGCCCUGGUCGGGGACGAUAUGACGGCACCCACGGAUUAAGCAGCCCUGGGAAGUACUCAAACAACUGCACAACCUCUGACUUUGGAAGUCCUGCUUCGACCUAUGUGAGUCCUGAGUCGAAUUCCGGUUUGAGACAAGGCGAAGUUCCAGGGAGUGGGGACGUCUGUGCGGAGGCUGUUCGCAAAGUCAGAGUUGUCAAACAGGAGUCUGGCGGCCUGGGGAUCAGUAUCAAGGGGGGGCGCGAGAAUCGGAUGCCGAUCCUUAUCUCCAAGAUCUUCCCAGGGCUCGCCGCAGACCAAAGUCGCGCUCUUCGGGUGGGCGACGCCAUCCUGUCGGUGAACGGUGACGACCUCCGUGAGGCAACGCACGAUUUGGCGGUGCAGGUCCUUAAGAAGGCAGGAAAACAAGUGACGCUCGAGGAAAAACAGCCCGGUGACGAUGAUGAAGAGGCUGAAGAAAGUGCAGACGGAACUCAGGCUGCAAGGACGGAUUCACCCGGUCGAGGACGAGGCUUUUCAGCAAGCAAAGUUUCCCCUCAAGGGUCCUCUGCUAACAGCUGGUAUAGGGUCCAACACUCCUGCUACCCCCGCCAGGAUAAGCGGCUCGGAAAUUGGAUGGAUGGUACUGUGCUACCAUUGUUAGAAGUGAAGUACAUACGUGAGGUGUCUCCACUCUUCAAGAAGUUUUCCCUGGUGGCUGACUUACCAUGGAAUGGCAUUCGGCCACAGUCUCCCUCCUACAAUAGCAGCGAAGAUUCUGGAUCUCCGAAACACUGCUCCUCCAAAGACAGGAAGGUCAUCACCCUGAAGAUGUGCUUCAUCAGUAGGAAUCUAACCAUGCCAGACCUAGAGAACAGACUGUUGGAGCUCCAUUCGCCAGAUGGACAGCACACAGUGGUACUUCGCUGUAAAGAUGCCUCCACUGCCAACUCCUGGUUCACUGCCAUCCACACCAAUAUUGCUGCCUUGCUCCCACAGACCCUGGCUCACAUCAAUGCUUAUCUGGGGGCCACGGCCUCCAAACAGCCUCAACUGAAACACAUUGGGUGGCUGGCUGAACAGGUAAAUUUGGAAGGCGGACGGCAACAGCACAGACCGGUUGUUAUGGCACUUACGGAAAAGGACAUUUUACUCUUUGAGUCUGUGCCACGGGAUAGAGAAUCAUGGGCGUUGCCUUUGCUUACUCAUCCACUCCUUGCCACAAGGUCCAUACUUCCAUCUAGACUGGUGCAUUCUGGUAGUGCCCGUGGCUCUCCUGCCCAGAGUUCUGACCUGCUGUUUGGCACUCGGACCGGGACACGGCAGGGCAUCGAAUCACACAUCUUUCGUGUGGAGACCCACUGGGAUCUCUCUUCAUGGACAAGGGCCCUUGUCCAAGGUGCACAUGCCGCUGCCGAAAUCAUCAAAGAAGUCUCAAUUGCUCGAGCUCAGCGAGGUUGGAUGGAGAGUGUUUGUGAACAGCAGUCUUCAGCUCUGCCCACAGAUUCCCAAUUGGAUUCAGGCUGCACAUUGAAUAAACAAGAUGUCCGGCUGACACUGCACUAUGAGAAAGGCUUUACUGUGGCCAGAGAACCAGCCAACCCAGCUAGUAGAGCUGUGCUGUUCAGAUACCCCUAUGAGAAACUCAAAAUGUCAGCAGAUGAUGGCAUACGCAACCUUUACCUUGAUUUUGGGGGUCCUGAGGGAGAAAUGGAAAGGAGAGGGAUCUUCAUUCUGGAGAGAAACAAUUAUUCCAGUAAUACCAAAAGAAGGUAUUUGACCUCCACUCGGGUCCGAAGCCAGUUGUAUUUGUGCUCCAUGCUUUCCUUUCUGCCAAACUCACUCGUAUGGGCCUCCUCACAUGAAGUGGUAUCAACCUGAGUGACCUGUUCACCAACGAGCUCAAGCACAACUGGGACAAAUUAUUCGUGAUGGUGAUAUCCUGGAAACUCGUCACAUCUUGACAAUUCACUCAGAACCGACAGCACAGGAGUUAAUCCCACCACCACCACCAUCCCCUCUCAUAAAGAUGUGCCUUAGCUUCCAUUUUCUCCUUUCCUUCCCACAGAAGCUUAAUUGCAAGUUUAAGUCAUAAAGUAGCACUUUACAUGAGGUUGUCUAGCUUUAUCAAUUUAAAAAAAACUUUCAUUACAGUGAUUAGUUUAAUGAUCAUUAAAGACACUAUGGGCCAUUUUCUCAAGUGUCAUGCCCCAUGGCACGCAGUCACACACUUUUCUGACUUUGAAGGUCAUCCCAUUGAGUCAUGUCUGUCAUUUAUGGACCGUCCAGCCAGAUAUAUUUGAGGCAAGCCUAAAAUAUGAGCUCGCACGUAUUGUCUACUCGACGUAUUUACAUUUCACAUCUUCAUGUACUUGAGAGUCUGUAGAAUGUCAAACGCCCUUGGAAUGUGUAACAUUUUCUUCCACUUGAAGUUUUGAAUAAAUGCCAGGUAUGAAUAAUAUUGAAAGAUCAAGUGUAUUUUAAUUGCCAGUGUGAUUAUUUUUUUUUCAUUUUUUUUUACAUUUAAAUUUUCAUCUGGGGUUUCCAACCACUGUGGAUGGCGACACAGAGCGUGAUUUACCCCAAAAAAAUUGUAAUUGAAUCAAUUAAAGAGGCAUUGUAAGACAGCGAUUACAGCAUUUUCGUGGUGA